UUUGUAAUGAAGCUGUUUACUCAUUUCUUACUUACCAAAGAUCGGAAAUUAAAUGACCAUUUCAGUGAGACGUUUGUAUGAUUCAGUCCAACUAUAUGUUGCAGUGGACAGUACUGAAGCUUCCAGAGGCUGAGCAGAGAAUUCACUACUCACAGCGAGCUACCAUGACAGAUUUGGUAAAUCCCUAUAAUGAAGAGGAUUGCUCCAGCCAGUCAUCUGUAUCAUCAUCAAGUUCAUCACAUUCAUUCGGCACAGAAAAGACUAAAGACAAAAAAGCUAAAUCGCCAAGUUCUAAAUAUCCAACAAUUAGUCCAAUAAAUAUGCUGCGAAAACUGGAAACAGCUGAGAAAAAUGUACAGACGAAAUGUCUUGACGAACCUAAAGAUAAAGACAUCAAAAAGUCAGAUGAAGAGGACCAAAACAGUAAUCUUUAUGUGGUUUCCAGAGAGUUUGUAGGCAUAUUGUCAGAUGCCACAGCGAACACAGAAGAUUCAGACUCUCUUGGCUCAGCAUUGGAGGGAAUAAUUGACUCUCCACCUGCAGAAAAAACAAACAAACUAAAAAGUAAACUGAAAGAGUUAGAGAAUGUUACACUUAACAUUGCUAUAACUGGGAUGACAGGGGCAGGGAAGUCUUCCUUCGUCAAUGCCAUCAGAGGCCUUCCUAAUGAUGAUAAGAACGCAGCUCCCACAGGAACAACUGAGACUACCAUGAAGCCCAGCAUGUACCCACACCCCUCCAUGCCAAACGUGAAGAUCUGGGAUCUCCCAGGAAUUGGUAGUCCAAAAUUUAAAGCUAAGAAGUACCUGAAAGAUGUCAAUUUCCACACAUAUGACUUCUUUCUCAUAGUAACCUCUGAAAGAUUUAAGGAGAAUGACAUAGAGCUGGCUAGAGCGAUCAAGAAAAGCAAGAAGCUAUUUUAUUUCAUUCGCACUAAAAUUGACAACGACAUUCGUGCUGAAUCAAACAAAAGAAACUUUGAUGAGCGGACGUUGCUCGAAAACAUCAGAGAGGACUGUAAGUUGAACCUACUGAAAGUAGGAAUACCCAAAAUAUUCCUAGUGUCUUCAUUUAACUUGGAAAAAUAUGAUUUUCAGAAGCUGAUCAACACUCUUGAAGAUGAACUUCCUGAGAACAAGAAAUUUGCUCUCAUUCAGUCUUUGCCUGUUUAUUCUCUUGAGGCCCUCACAAAGAAGAAAACAUACUACAAGAAACUUAUUUGGCUAAACGCCUUUGCGGCCGGGGUCGGGGCGAUAGCGCCCAUCCCAGGAUUGUCCCUGGCCUGUGACUAUGGCAUCAUAAAGAAGUUUUUUCAGCAAGUCUUUGUGGGCUUCGGCUUAUCAAAUCAGGCCCUAGAGGCCCUAUCAGAACGAGUGAAUAAACCGGUGGAGCAACUAAAAGCUGCUAAGACAUCACGCUUCAAAGAUGGAUCCACUGAGGAUAUUGUGAUAGAUAUGCUGUCUAAACCAAUAAUUGCGAUAGCCAAGACACUGGGGACCAUACUGUCUCUGCUGCCAGGAGGAGCUCUACCAGCAGGAGGAACGGCUGUUGCUUCAGUGCACUACCUGCUUAAUAUGGGACUGAAUGAGAUGGCAGAAGACACCCAAAAUGUUCUUGCUGUGUCACAGCUUUUGCUUUACUUUUUCAGAGCCAUCAUGUCAGAUGAAGUCAACGUCUUUAUGGACCCUUUCCUCAAAAUCUACACAAAUCCUGAUCAGAUAGAAGUAGCCGAUAAACUCACUGAAUCCUUUCACGAGGACAUUGUGUUGAAAGAGCAACAGAGAAACACAGAAUGGUUGGAGUCCCUAGGAAUCAUCCAAUCAAAACGCAUUAAAACUAUUGAGAAACAACCGGAGAAACCCAAACAAAGUAGUUCAUUACUGGGCAUUGUUGAAUCAAAACUUAAUGAUGUGAAGGAAAGAGAGAGGCUGAGAGAGAAAAAACAGAGUGAUAAAGAAAAGCAAGUAGAGAAAGAAGUGAGAAAUGUAACAACUGAAACAACUGUAGAUCAGUCAGAAAAAGCUAAAGUGUGUAAUUUUAACAUGAUAAAGAUGGAAAAAUGUCUUGAGGAGCAAAAUGAGCAAGCUGAGGCUGAGGAACCACGUGAAGUGACUUCAGAACAACAAUAUAUGAGAGAAAAAAAGCAGAGUGAUAAAGAAAAGCAAGCAGAGAAAGAGGUGAGACAUAUAAGAAAUGAAGCAACCAUAGAACAGUCAGAAAAAGCUGAAGUGUGUACGUUUAACAUGAUACAGAUGGAAAAAUGUCUUGAGGAGCAAAAUGAGCAAACUGAGGCUGAGGAGCCAUGUGAAGUGACCAUGGAACAACAACAUGUGAAGGCUAUUAAUAAAGAGGAACAAAAAGAACAAAACUGUUCAGUUCCGAUGACAAACGAGGAAGCAAAGAAAAUGAUUGAGUGUGGAAAAGCUACAGACAUUCACAAAACAAAACAACCUGACAGUGUCGAAACACACCAUUUUCAAGAGCCACGUGAUGCUAUAAUGGAAAAAAAUAUUUUGACAGAAAAACUCAGAAAGACUAAUUUCAAUGAACCAUUAAACAAAGUCAGCGCUAAAGAGGAAAAUGUGGCGGUUAUAGAGAUACAGAACCAAGAAUUGCUCAGUGGAGCAUUGGGUCCAGAUGCAAAGAAGUCACAAGAUGACACAGAUAAUGUGAUUCAGUGUAAAGCAAAAGAGAACACACAUUUAAAAUCAGAAAGCACAGAGAAGAGGGAAAGUAUAGACACAACAGCUAAAAAGCAUGAAGACGAGCAUAUAUAUGAAGUACCUGAUGUUAUGCUCACUAGUUCUGCAGAAUACGUUUAUGUAACAGAAAGUGUUGAAGAACAAUUCAAGAAACUGGACAAUGUCACACUUCACAUUGCUGUUACAGGAUCAACUGGAGCAGGAAAAUCCAGCUUUAUCAAUGCAAUACGAGGUCUUCAACCGGAUGAUGUCAAUGCAGCUCCCACGGGAGCGACUGAGACGACAAUGACAUCAACAAUGUACCCACAUCCUACAAUGCCCAAUGUAAAAUUCUGGGAUCUGCCGGGGACUGGGAGUCCCAAAUUUAAAGCCAAAAGAUAUCUAAAGGAGGUGAAACUUGACACCUUUGACUUCUUCAUCAUCAUCUCCUCAGAGAGAUUCAAAGAAAACGACAUCAUGCUGGCUAAAGCAAUUAAAGAGAAGAAGAAGUUGUUCUACUUUCUCCGCUCAAAGAUUGACAAUGACAUUCAAGCGGAAUCUCAAAAGAAAGACUUUGAUGAGCAGAAAGUUCUCUCCCAAAUUCGUGAGGACUGCCAAAGGAACCUGAAGAAUAUGGAUAACCCAGAAGUUUUCCUGAUUUCCUCAUUUGAAUUGCACAAAUAUGAUUUUCAAACCCUCAUCGACACACUGGAGAAGCAGCUGCCUGCUCACAAGAGAGAUGCUUUGAUUUUGUCUUUGCCAGUAUACUCCUCUAAGAUUCUGGAGGAGAAAACUGAAUUGUUUAUGAAGCAAACCUGGUCGGCAGCUGUCGCUUCUGGUUCUAUUGCUGUGGCUCCAGUGCCUGGUCUUUCCAUAGCUUGUGAUGCUGCCAUAUUGCUGGCUUUCUUCACCAAGUGUUACAAUGCAUUCGGCCUGGAUGAUGAAUCAAUAGAUAAGCUGUCGGUGAGGGUCAACAAUCCAUCCCUCAAAUCUGUAAGAAAGUCACCUCUUGUGGUUGCUAUUGGGCAAAAGAAACUCAGUAAUAAGGAGCUAUCAGCACUGACAAGUAAGAAAGCAGCUGUUAAAUUUGCGUGGAGCAUGGUUCCUGUUGUAGGGAGUAAAAAAACAGCGGAAAUGGCAUACUCUACAACACUAAACCUUCUGCGAGCAGGAGUUCAGGAUCUUGCUGAUACAGCCAAAGAAGUGCUGAAAGUGGCGGGUCUGACUGAUGUCUACUAAGAUCACAGAUUA